AAAGCUACUUCUGAGAUUGAUAUGAUGGCGAGCAUCAGUCUAUUAAUUUUGCUGCUUCACUAUGCGUCCACGUGCUGGGCUUUCCUCCCCAACUACUGGUCUCGGGUGCUGACAUUGUCAUGGGAUUCUUCUACACACCAGUACAUGACAGAGCAGGCCGUGCUCAAUGUCACUAUGGAGACUAUUAACAUGAUGCCUGAACACUUUGGAGGUCAAGAGAAGCUUGACCUGGGUCGGGCAUUUUGGAAAUCCAUGGGCGAGGUGGUCAACGCCAAUGCUGCUAUGGACUUCCUGAGUUCUACGCGAUCUGACCCGGUAUAUCACUUUGACUCAGAGAGAGUGGAAGGAAGCAUAGAGAUGAUGAGAGACUUCUGGAAGCAGGUGGUUCUGUUGACUCAGAAGAAGGAUUAUCAGGGAGCAAGAUAUAUCAUGGGACAGCUCCUCCACGGGUUACAGGACUUCUAUAGCCAUAGCAACUGGGUGGAAAUGGGACAGAAUACCGAGUACCUUCAUCUGUUGCAUUCCAAAGAGCCAUCAGUACCUGUAGCAUCAGAGGACACUCCUACCUGUGCUGCCUGCCAUCGGUUCAGUUGUUAUAAUAAUUUAUUAGAAGAGCUUGUCAGGGGUUCACCAAAGCUUCUUCUGACCACUGGAUACUUUAGUAACUACCCACCCAAACCUACUGGAAAGUGCAGCCACGGUGGUAUCCUGGACAGCAGUCGUCACCAGGCAGCUGAGGGUGGCAUUAAUAAGGACAGCACUUCCCCUCUCUUCUCCCCACACCACUUCCUCCACAAAGAGGCUGCACAGCUUGCUUCCAAGGCAACAGUCCGAGUGCUCCGGGACCUCAGAGAUGAGCUGGGGCCCAAGAGCUUCCUCAGGUUCCUCAGUGUCAAACAGCUUCCAGCUUUGGUGUUUGUCAUGGACACUACAGGUAGCAUGUUUGAGGAGAUUACAGCUGCUCGUCUUCGUGCCCUGUCCAUCAUUCAGGCACGAGCAAAGAACCAUGAACCUGGACUUCCUGGCACCUUCUUACUCAUCCCCUUUCACGACCCAGAUGUAGGGCCGGUGAUGGAGACAGAUGACCCCAACGAAUUCCAGCAUUUCAUGGAGAACUUAUUGGCUCUUGGUGGGGGAGAUGAACCAGAGAUGUGUCUAUCUGCUGUUCAGCUGGCUCUUAUCCACAGCCCACCUCUGUCUGAGAUUUUCGUUUUCACUGAUGCAUCCCCAAAAGACAGCCACCUGUACAACACAGUCAAAGCUCUCGUUUUGGAAAAACAGAGCAAGGUGACCUUUCUGUUGACUGAAGACCCAAUUCAUAGUGAGAAAGUGAGAAGCAAAAGGAAAAGAAGGGCAACCCUGUCUUCUGACAGAUUCUCUCUGUACUCCUCUCUCUCUUCCUUAUCUGGAGGCAUGACCAUUUUCACAACUAACAGUGAUAUUCAUAAAGCUUCAGCCAUUGUUGAAGACAGCACCACUUCCAGCAAGGUGACUCUAUUUCAUGGAGAAAGUAAUGCAGAUUCAUUACACUCCUUCGCAAUCGACCAAGCAGUCAGAUCUGUCAGGAUCCAUAUUGCUGGAAAACUCACACAAUGUGUCCUAAUUAACCCUAAAGGUGCUCAUCAGUCUCUUCUUAGUGAAGCAGGUCCUCUGGGUGAGAUGGAUCAAUCUGAUGGUCUGUACCGGGUCAGACUUCUACCACAUGUAGAAUCUGGCCAGUGGCAGCUCAAUGUCACCUCCCAUGGACCAAUCACAUUUAAUGUCUUAGGAGAAAGCACACUGGAUUUUUUCUAUUACUUUGCAGUUGAGGCAAAUGAGACUCACCCAGGUCUGCGGCGAGUAGAUGGCAGUCCUAUUGCAGCCGUAUCAGCAUUUCUAGUGGUGGUUGUAACAGGCCUGGACGCCAGCGAUGAAGCCACUUUCAGUCAUGUGACCUUGCUAGGGUCCAAUGGGGAAAGCCUUCAGACGGUAUCACUGAAUUCUUCGACUUCCAAUUGGUCAGAAGAGGAGCUGAUCGGCAUCAUCGAUUCAGUUCCCAGGAAGCCCUUCAGUGUGCGUCUUUGUGGAAAAGACAGAUGGGGGAACAAGCUUGAAAGAGUUUCCACUGAGAUGGUUCAGCCCACACAUGUACAUAUUAUGGUGCUUUCGACUCCUCAUCUUCUCCCAGGUCAUCCCGCCACAGUUUUGUUUGAAGUGUUUAACCAUGGUCCUGCCCGUCAUUUCAGAGUGACUGCUGAAGACGAUCGUGGCUUCCUUACACAUGGGAAACACCACAGGUUGUUUAUAGGAGAGAGAGGCUCUAUGAGGGAGGAGGUCAAGCUGAGGACUCCAUACUCCACCCAGGCAGGUCAGACAGUUACGGUGACCCUCACAGUCCAAGCACAUGACUCACCAGAUGCCAACUACGCUGUUGUAUAUCUUCUGGUUUUACCAGAGGAACCUGACGUGACUCCUCCAUCGUGUUCUACGAUGCAUGUGGAGUCAGGCUGUCCUCCUGUUCCUCAGUGCUUUCUGGGUAACUGGAGUGUCUACCUGACAGUGAAGGACAGGGGUCAUUCUGGCCUGGCAAGCGUACAACUUGCUGUAGGACAGGGGACACUCGUGCUACUCCAUGAUGAGGACAUCAGGAAAAAUGAAAAUUCAGAAAUGGAGCUUGCUGAGGAAACAUAUGUAAGCCCUCUGAGACGGCUAGAACCAAAGCAUCAGCUUCAUAGACACUCACCAUGGCACAAGCAGAGAGCUCAGAGACAGGCAAAAGACAGAUUGGUGUAUGGCGAUGCGCCGAUGAACAUCACUGAGUGGCCUAGACGAAAGCACAUAAUGCUGCACUAUACUUCAGACUGCUGUGUGCCUCGGGCAGAGCUGCUUGUGUGGGAUGGAGCAGGCAAUGUGAGGAACUGCAGCCUGACAGCCAGCCAACAGAGGGCACUAAGAGAGAAAAACAGUGCUGCGAAUGGGAUUAGACAUAAACUUUUUACACUUGUUUUAUGGACUUUGCUAAUUUCUAUAGUUUUAUAGUGAAACUUAUAAUGAACUUCUGAAGUGCUAAAACUAAGUGAAAAAGACUAAACUGGAAAAUGUUUGGGGAAAAGGUUUUACUCAGGCCUCAGGUCAUUUGGCUACACUAAAAUUCGUUUAGUGUUUCCAUUUUGUCUACGGUGUAGUCAUGCCACUCUAGGACUAGGAUGAAGUGAUUAAUUAAAUGGUUACAUGCCCAUAGUGUGGGAGUGAGUUUGGGCUUCAGGCUCCCCACAGCAGACCUGAGGUUUGUACAAGAUAAGCGGUAUAGAGGAUGAAUGAGUGAGUGAGCAUUCAUGGUCAAGGGCAGGUGUCCACAAACUUUUGGCCACAUAGUGUAUGGAUUUGUAUGGAUAUCUACUGUACAUAAAAAUGAAAAGUUUAAAAUUACAUGCCCUUACAUUGUUACAA